AUGCAAGCCACCGUUAUUGUCCCAGCACCUGAGCUAUCAGAAGAUGAUAUUCUGACCAGUACCGUCAAUGCAACCGUUUCUGCAUCAACAUCAAAACCUGUAACAGAAGCUGUGACCACAUCAACCUCACAAGCAGCAACAUUGAAAAUGUCAGUGUUGACAACAACUGCAAUCAGACGUACAAAUGAAUCCAUCACAAGCAGCUCCAAGCCUUCUUCACCUAGUACUACAAAACAAAUAACACAAAGUACAAGAAUACAACUACCAACAGAAACGACCACUGCAGCAGCAGAUAAAAGUGGCAGCACAACAAACACUACACGAGCAAGUGGAACGCAAUUGGCACAAACUGAGAGUUUGAAUGCUUCAUCUGCUAAGGGAUGGUCUUUCUCUUCUACAAUCUCUCUACAAAACACCACUUCUACUCCUGGAAUCUCAGGCCCUCGCAUGAGCUCCCCAACAGGAUCGACAACUUUUGGCAGCCGUGAAAGCAGUCCUGGAAACAAGAAAGUGCCGGAGAGUGUUGUCCACUAUUCUAACAUUAUCUUGCCAAUUGUCAUCACCUUGAUAGUCAUUACCCUUUCUGCCUUCUCACUGGUGGCUUUGUACAGAAUGUGCCAGAAGAAAACUCCAGAGAGACAAGAGAACGGCACUGAACAGGCCCAAUCAGAUAAAGAAGGAGUCAAACUUCUUUCUGUGAAGACAACUUCUACUGAGACUGUUUUUGGAGAAGUGCGUGAUAUAUAUGAGGUUGGCUUCUUGCUGCCCCCUGCCAAUCUGUAUGAGCCCACAACUCCUUCUCCAUCAGGAGAGGUGUCACAAGGCAGGACCCUGGAUAUUUAG